CUUUGGGCCCCCUGACUCUUGUCACGAUGGUGGAGUUUCCUUUAUAUAUUACCUACUAUAUUGGCUGGUUGUUUUAAUCUAUUUUUUUUUUUCAAGAAAAAUCAUUUCUGUCUGUUUUUCUUUUUCUAAUUUAUAAAUCCUACUGCCCCGCGUGGUUUGUUUCCAAAACUCCUGUUAGGCGACGUGAUAUGAGAGUAUGAAAUGCAAUGGGCAAUGACGACAGCCUCCAACGCUGGGCAGCAGCCACCACCAUCGCGGUGACGGUGCUGGCCUUUGUGUCUGUAUGUCUGCGGCUGCUCUCGCGAUGGGAGCGAAAGCAAAAGCUAUGGUGGGAUGACUGGAUCAUUCUCUGGUCGAUGGCCUGGAACUUCGUCGUCGUAGGUUUCAUCUUCGCCAUGAUCCACAACGGCAUGGGCCUGCACGCCGACACAGUCGACCCCGAGAACAUCGUCCUCAUCGCCAAGUUCCUCGUCGUCGCGGAGAUCCUCUACGUCUUCAACCUCGUCUGGACCAAGAUCAGCAUCCUCUUCAUGUACUACCGCAUCUUCCACUUCCCCUACUUCAAGCGGUGGGCCUACGGCAUCGGCACCUUCAUCAUCUGCUGGGUCAUCACCAUCACCUUCCUCUUCGUCUUCAUCUGUGUCCCCGUCGAGAAACUCUGGUACCCGCAGCUGCCCGGCCACUGCAUCAACCAGGUCGCUACGUGGAUCGCCAACGCGACCUCGACCAUCGCCACCGACCUGGUCAUCCUGUUCCUGCCGAUGCCUCAGAUCUGGAAACUGCAGCUGCGGACGUCUGAAAAAGUGGGCUUGACCAUUGCAUUUGGUCUCGGUUUCUUCGUGGUCUUCGCCUCCGCCUACCGCCUCACCGUCCUCUUCUCCUACACACCCCUCGACUCCUCCUACACGCUCGCCCCAACAGUCGCCUGGACAGCGAUCGAAAUGUCCGCCGGCAUCGUCUCCGCCUGCCUGCCGACAAUGCGGCCCGCCCUCCAAGCCGGCGCACGCCUACUCGGCAUCCAGCACGCGAUGCCCGCCCUGCUGCGCAGUCGCACCGACGCCCUAUCCAAGGGCCAGUCGAGCGGGACGCGGCCGCACGACCUGUCGAUGAAAGACGGGAGCCGCACCGGCACGGGCGGCGCCCGCCGCCACUCGUUCUACUAUCUGCCGGACGAAAACGACUCGCAGGGCGAGGGGGGCCACGAGUCCGGAGAUCUGCGACCGGGGUAUGACUGCGGGAAGAUGACGACCGAUGUGCGGGUUAGUCGCGCGAGCAGCCGGCAGGACAUGAGGAGUGAGAGUUGUGGUGAUGACGAGGUGCCGCUGAGGGGCAUUCGGGUGCAGAAGAAUUUUGUGCAGGUUAAUGGGGGGCGGUAGCGAGAUUCGA